AGAAAGCAGCUGCGGCUUCUUGCAACUUCUCUGAGCCGCAAAAUGUUUUGGACAAUAGUUGCUUGUUCUUUUGUUGUAUUUAUUAUAAUUUUGUAUAUACUGUCUCCUAUUAUAGCGCCAAAGGCGUUUCAGGUACAAGGUGCCCAUGUUUUGGUUACAGGAGGUUCGAGUGGGAUUGGUCUAGGUAUUGCAAAGGCAGCAGCUAAAAAGGGAGCAAAUGUAACACUAGUCGCUAGAAAUCUUGUAAGACUUACACAAGCUCGUGAAGAGGUAGAAAAAUGCUGUAAUGGCAGUAGUACUCAGAGAAUCCAGUGCUUUUCAGCAGACAUAUCUCAGAACUAUGGAGAAGUAGAACAAGUGAUAAGAAAGGCAGAGGCUCACCUAGGUCCAGUGUCCAUGCUGAUCAACAGUGCUGGGGCUGGGAUGAGUGGCAGGUUUGAUGAGAUUCCAUUAGAAGAGUUUAGAAAAACCAUGGACCUGAAUUACCAUGGCAGUGUCUAUGCCACUCGUGCUGUGAUAAAGAAUAUGAAAGAGAGGCAAAAUGGACGUAUAGUCUACGUGUCUUCCAUGGCUGGGCAGCUGGGGCUGUAUGGAUAUACAUCUUACUCUGCCUCUAAGUUUGCACUCAGGGGGCUUGCAGAAGCUCUGCAAAUGGAGGUCAAACCAUACAACAUUUACAUAACCCUGGCCUUUCCUCCAGAUACAGACACACCUGGCUAUGCUGAGGAAAACAAAACUAAGCCAGAAGAAACAAGGUUGAUAUCAGAAGUUGCAGGAUUGUUCUGUCCAGAGAAAGUGGCAAAUAGUAUCUUAGAAGAUUCAGUUAAAGGGAAGUUCUUGUGUUCUGUGGGAGUGGAUGGGUUCCUCCUGACUAACCUGACAUGUGGCAUGUCCCCUGUCACCUCCCUCAUGGAGGCCACUCAGCAGGUGGUGACCAUGGGGCUGUUCAGGAUCAUCUCUCUUUUCUACCUGGACAGCUUUGACCGCGUGGUCCGCAGGUGUAAAGUGCACAAAGUGACCAUUGUCAAACCCAAGGAACAAUAGUCAACCUGUCUUGGCGUCCGAAAGGAAUGGACAUAUUCUUUUGAAAAUCCCACACUGGACACUUACAGUAGGUGGUAUGAGCUCUGACAUUUUGCUUCUAUUCCAAAGACUUCAUCGUGAAACUGAGCCCAAUGGUACUGUUGUCAUGCCCACUUACUGAAUGUUAGCAUCCAUCAUGAAGUUCAAUUUCAAUUCUUUGUAUAAUAUCAAAACAACUGGCUGAAUCAAAAUGCACACCUUGAUACCUGUGGUAGUGUAUUGUCCUCAAAGAGUACUACUUGCUUUUCACAUUUGCCAAACACGAAGGAAAUCCCGGUGUGAUCUUGGUGCUAUGAUCUUUGGUUAAAUCCAAACACCACCCUGAGAGCUUAAAUCAGUUCCCCAGCUUAGUUGACUAGGAUUUCCAUGAGAGUGCUGUAACACUGCUCCUGAUAUGUAUUAUAUGAUAUAAUUAGAUGUG